CGGUUUUCCUCGUUUAUUCUCGUGCGGACUCUUCCUUCCCUCUCCCUCUCUCAACUCUGCCAGGGUUUAAAGCCCCAAGGGAGGGCUUGGUGACGAAGCGAACCGCAUCCACCGACUCGUCCUCCUCGUCCUCCUCCUCGGCCGCUCGAGAGAGAGAGAGAGGACGCGAGCCAUGGAGGACGGCGACGACAAGCCCUUCGAUCCCUUCGCCUCAUCCGACGCUGACCUCGACAUGGCCCUCGACAUCGACCUCCCGGACUCCUCCCGCCGCUCCGGCCACGCGCCGGCGAGGCCCGCCCGCUUCCAGCCCAAGAUCAAGGGUAAGAUGAGGGCCGAUUCCGCCACCGACCCGGGACCCCUCCCCGCUCCUCCUCGUCCUCCGUUGGCUCCUAUAAAGAAGCAGGACGAGGACGAUGUCGCCAUGUUCAAGGCGGAUGAAGCCUCCCAAGAACCGGCAUCGAGCUCCUUUUCUUUUCCCAACGGCGCAGAGGAGGCGGAGAGCGAACCAGUGGAGGUCGACGAUGGGGAGGACACGGUGGUCCGGGAGAUUGAUGUCUUCUUUACUCCUGCCCCUCUCGAUGAGGACACUUGUCUUUAUGUUAUGCAAUAUCCACUUAGACCUUCUUGGCGGCCAUAUGAAUUGGAUGAAAGAUGUGAAGAGGUCAGAGUGAAGCCUAAGCAAUCGAAAAUUGAAGUUGAUUUGAGUCUAGAUGUCAAUAGUGAAAAUUAUGACCGGGAUGUUGAUGAACCGAUGCGGAUAGAAAAACAGACUUUGUCAUCAUCAAAGGCUUCUUUUGCAACUAGCUAUGCUGUCGGAAUUCUGAGAGGCAACCAGUUGCACUUGAAUCCUGUUCAUGCAGUUGUGCAGCUUCGGCCGUCAAUGAGUCACAUAGAUGCUGGGCUGCAGGGAAGGAAACAUAGUGCAAAAGGUGUACAAGGUAGUGCGAAGUCUACGGAUGAAAUUCCAGAACCUCCAAAGCCAUCUGUUAGGCAGCAGGGGAAGAAGGUUUCAGAGGAUUCAAAUGAAAACAUCAAUGAUUAUGAGCCAUGGAUUUCGCUGGAGUACCAUCCAAUUGAUAGUCCCUUUGCAGAGAGAUACCACCAGAAAAUGGCAGCAGAAGAAAAUAAUCUUAUACAAUUUACAAUGCAACCGUCUGAUUAUGUCAACACAUUGUGCCCUGGAACAUCAACCGACAAGAAGAGAACUAAAGGGCCUCCAAGAAGGGUCUUGCUCUCAAUGCCACUGGAGGAACGGCUGAAGAAGUGGUUAACUGAGGGUUCUCAAGUGAACCGUUUUGAUGCUCUCAUGCAUCUUGCUCCUACCAAUUCAGAAAAAGAUGUUUUGAAGGUGCUUCAGCUACAUGCAUAUUUGGUACAAGGAUUAUGGGUUACCAAGAGCUCUUUGCUCUAUGAAGGUUUUAAUGCUUUAGCUAGAGACCGCAUUCUCUUUCUAUUCAGUACGAACCCUGUGAUUCACUCUGACAACCUGAAGACAUUAAGAUCUGCUCCUUUGAAGCAUAUACUGAGCCCAUUAGCUGUUGAAAGGUCUGUCUUUAGUGACUGGAAAUUUAAAGAGGCCACCGAUAUUUCAUUCCUGAAGCGCUAUCCAGAUAUUGUGAAGGAACAAGAAUGUGCUUGGUCAAGUCGCGAGGAGCAGUUCAUGGAUAAUUUACGUCGAUUUGGUAAAAACAUUCAUAUGAUGACCAAAAAUUCGUUGAGUCCCAAUAUUGUGAAAAACACUGGUGCCUUAGGGAGAGUUGAUCCUGAUGCAAACAGAAGUAAAGAAGGGACAAUGAGCUCAGCAGGAACAACAAUGUCCAGUGAAACUCGAGAAAAUCUUCCUAGGGCACUCUUUAAAAUUUUUCAAGAGAAAAGGGUCCGUAGCUUAAAUUCAAUUGUCAGCGGAUUAAGGGACCUGGCAAUUUCCAGUUCUUCUCGUCCAAGAGAUGAUGCUAAAACUAAAGCACUUGCUAAUGCUGCAAAAAAUGGUGCUGAUGCUCCUUUACCUGAGCUUCAGUCUGUUAUAAGUCAAGUUGCUGCGAAUAUUCAUGGUUUAUAUGUUUUAAAGUCUAUGGGGAAUCCAACACUUGAUCCAUUGAGAAAUGUUGUGAUUGACCUUUUUCGGGGCAAGGAACCUAAUGCAAAAUUAAAGAAACAGGAAAUUUCCAAAGCAGCGGAGUUUCGUCUCAAAAGGAAUAUUACUGAUUCUGAAUAUAAUCAGGUUGUAAAUGAGCUAUGUGUAUCUAGCAAAGGAGCAUGGGUGCUGAGGAGUGAUGAUUAAACAAAAUUGAUGUGUACAGUAUCCAACUGACCACCAUAUAUUUUUCUCUUUCCGGUAAUCAUCUAAGACUAACUGAUGCAUUGCCUUUUGACUUAUCAUAAAGUUGUGUUCCUUGCCUUCUGGUCAUGCGUAUACUUGUUUUGGUUGCUUCCUAUGUGUUACGUGUAAUCUGUCAAUGCAUGCAGUGACUCGUGAAACAAUUAGGUACUCCUGUUAUUUACUAAUUUCAUCAGCCAGCAAAUCUUUUCUUGGUGAGCAUUACACAUUUACAUAAACAUAUUGUUUGAUCGAAUUGCAGUAAACUUAGUGGUUCAUAUUCACAUCCAUGCAUGCAAUUUUCCAAAUUUAUAUGAUUAUUGUUAUCUAUUUUUAUCGAGCUAAUCAUGUACCUUCUUGGCAGUUUUACGCUUCUUUAACAGCCAUGGAGGUUGAUACUACCGACACUAGUCAAAAUGUUAGGCUGAUUCAUUAGUUCCUCUGCUUCUCUCUUGUUUUAGACUUCUUGAUUGUGUAGUUGGUUGCUAGGUUCCAGAUUUUCCAUUCACUGGAAACACAACAUGGUAGAGAGCAAUGACCAAUCUUGCAAUUGAUUUCAAGAUUCCGUUAUUUGUAAAAAGAAGUUACUGUUUCAUAUAUUCAAUUUUACUUAAUAGUGAUGCAUCUAUUGGACGGAUACAGGUACAACAGUUGCACAAAAAUAUAAAUUAGUAGUUGUAAGACCAAUCUAAUUGGCAAAAAGCUUUGGCAAGAGCUAUACAUUUUGGA